UAUGGCCCUGUCCGGUCCAACAAGAAAAUGAAAAAGAAAAGAACACCGGUCUCUCGCGCACACAGAUAGACUCUCUCUCUCUCUCUCCCUCUCUCUGUGUUUCUUUCUCUCUCACCCUGAAUUCAUCAACCAGGACGAUGUCGCUUACGGAGCUCGACGACGAUAUGGUGCGCAGCAUGUCAAUUGGAGCCGUUUUUUCAGACUUCGUUGGGAAGAUAAAUUCGCUUGAUUUCCAUCGGAAGGAAGAUUUACUGGUUACAGCCAGUGAGGACGACUCGGUUCGAUUCUAUGACAUUGCAAAUGCUAAGUUGCUCAAGACAACAUAUCACAAGAAGCACGGUGCUGAUCGUAUAUGCUUUACGCACCACCCUAGCUCUGUUAUAUGCUCUUCAAGAUACAAUUUGGAGUCCACUGGAGAAUCCCUGCGGUAUCUGUCAAUGUAUGAUAAUCGGUGCCUCCGAUACUUCAAAGGGCAUAAAGACAGAGUUGUUUCCCUCUGUAUGUCUCCGAUUAAUGAUAGCUUCAUGUCCGGUUCUCUCGAUCAUAGUGUCAGAAUAUGGGAUCUUCGUGUAAAUGCCUGCCAGGGAAUUCUACGCUUACGUGGUAGACCUACAGUUGCAUAUGACCAACAAGGCCUUGUCUUUGCUGUGGCAAUGGAAGGCGGUGCUAUUAAAUUGUUCGAUUCACGUUCCUAUGACAAGGGUCCCUUUGACACCUUUUUAGUUGGUGGAGAUAUGGCUGAGGUGUGCGAUAUCAAAUUUAGCAAUGAUGGAAAAUCAAUGCUAUUGACGACCACAAAUAACAACAUUUAUGUUCUUGAUGCAUAUGGAGGAGAGAAGCGCUGUGGGUUCAGUUUGGAACCAUCUCCAACAGCAAAUAUAGAGGCAACUUUUACCCCAGACGGCCAGUACGUCGUCUCAGGUUCAGGAGAUGGAACCUUACAUGCUUGGAGCAUCAACAUGCGGAAUGAGGUGGCGUGCUGGAACAGCCACAUUGGUGUUGCAUCGUGCUUAAAGUGGGCUCCUCGUAGGGCCAUGUUCGUUGCUGCAUCAACUGUUCUCACGUUUUGGAUACCGGACAAUUCAAAGUCUAAUGCUGAGCCUGGUUCUAUGGACCCUGAGGCUGCAAGUCAAUCCGAACAUAUUUCUCAAUGAGCCCAGAUUUUUCAUGGCCCUCUUAAAUCAACUAGUGUCUGUAAGCCUGUAACUAUAAUGGACUUGAUUUAAUUUAUAUAUACAUCCUGUAAAAGUUUUGGUUUGUGCUUGAAUCAGCUCUCAUUUAUUUGAUAUAUUUGAGAAAAGUUUUGGUU